CAUAAGAUAAAACACUUAAUACAAAAAAAUGUUCAACAGCUUAAAAUCUCGUUAUUUCUCCUCAAAUCGUAUUAAAAUCGUCGCGACUAAAGAUCGACAUGAAUACAAUUGUUCGAACACAACACGGUUUAGUUAAAGGAACAACAUCUUUGGAUUACGACGAAGAAUUAUUUUACUGUUUCUAUGGAAUUCCAUACGGAAAACCUCCGAUUGGUGAACUUAGAUUUAAAGCACCCGUAGAUAUUGAAAAUUGGACAGGAGUUAAAGAUUGCACUGAAGUUAAGGAUGGAUGCUUUUCAAGGCAUAUAUUUACUAUGAAAUUUACAGGAUCUGAGGAUUGUCUACAUUUAAAUGUUUAUACUAAAGAGUUAAAUGCAGAAGCAAAAAAGCCAGUUUUUGUGUGGAUACACGGUGGUGCAUUUGUAACCGGAUCAGGAAAUCCUGAUGUUUUCGGACCAGAAUUCUUAAUAACCCAAAAUAUUGUCAUAGUUACCUUAACAUACAGAUUAGGACCUUUAGGAUUUUUAUGUUUGGAAGACACAUCUUUAGAAGUACCGGGAAAUGCAGGAGUUAAAGACGUUUUAAUGGGUCUGAAAUGGGUUCAUAAAAAUAUACGAAACUUCGGUGGUGAUGAUUCUAAUAUUACAAUAGCCGGUCAAAGUGCAGGUGCUAUAAUGGUAAAUUUCAUGAUGCUCUCUCCGUUAGCGAAAGGACUUUUUCAUAAAGCGAUUAUGCAAAGUGCUUGUGCUUUGCAAAAUUGGGCCCUUGGUAAAAGGGAAGGCGCUAAAGAACUUGCGGAAAAGUUGGGACUAAAAAGUGAAUCUGAAAAAGAAAUUUUAGACUUUCUAAGAGGAGUUGAAGUUGAGAAAUUGUUAAGAGCUAGUCAAAAAAUUAGAAUAUUAAGAAACGAUAUGUAUGGUGAUAAUAUUAUGUGUUAUAAUCCUGUUAUUGAAAAACCAAAUCCUGGAGCGGUUAUUACGGAACCACCGUUGUUAAAAAUUUUAAGAGGAGAUUAUAAUAAAGUUCCAUUGUUAAUGGGAUAUACUUCAAAUGAAGGGUUGUACGCCGACUUCUUAAUAAAAGGGAUGACAGUCUUAAUUGAUGAUUUUGAAAAAAUGGUUCCUCAUACUUUGCAACUUCCAAAAGGCAGUGAAACAUCUAAAAUGAUAGCCGCAAAAAUACAACAGUUUUUCUUUAAAGAUUCACCAGCUACGAUUGAACAUAAAGAUAAGUAUAUGAAAAUGGGUUCUGGAUUAUUCUUUUCUUACCCAGUUUAUAGAAUAGCAAGACAUAUGGUAGACAAUUUAAACCACCCUAUUUAUUUUUAUAGAUUUUCUAUUGAUGCUAAAUUAAAUUUGUAUAAACUUGCCAGAAAGUUUAAAGCAAACGGAGCCUCUCAUACCGAUGAUACCUGUUAUCUAUUUAAAACUAUGUUCACCCCAGAAAUAUCACCAGGAAGUGUGGAAGAUGUUGCAGUUCGAAAAAUAACAAAACUUUGGGGAAAUUUCAUAAAAUUCGGGAAACCUGUUUUGUCUAAAACUGAUCCUGUCACUCAAAUCGACUGGAAACCUAUUCAAAAAGACGAAUUUAACUUUGUGGAUAUACAAAACGACAGAUUGGUACCUGGAAAAAAUCCUGACGAAACAUCUAUGAUAUUUUGGGAUGACAUCUAUAAAUUAGAUCCUUUAUACGCAAAACAUAAAUUAUAAAAAAUCUCAAUACAACCCAACUUUAAAUCAUUUUAUAAUACUUUUUAAAUUUGUGAUAUUUAUUAUAAAUUUGUUAACUUUUACUUUAUUAUUUAUUUUUAUUGUCCAAAAUGACCGAUUAGCUUUGGUUAAGAUAUUAAUAAACAUUGAUGCCACCAGACAUAAU